AAUCUGCGCAGCACUUGGAAGGAGCUGCUCUCGGUGCAGAAGGUCGCGCGCGCAAACCGCUCCGAGGAGGAGUUGCCCAAACCGGAGCCGGUGAUUGGGGCUCGCGCAUGAACCGAUUCGGUACCCGGCUGGAGGAAGCGCGUGCACCUGCUGCUGAGACGCAGAGCCAUGGACCGUGUACUGAGAGCGCACGCCUUAAAACCCGAAAACUUUUUCGACGUCCUGGAGGAAAGGAGGCGGGGCAGUGAUAUCAGCCACGCCCUCAGGACGUUCAGUGCUCAGGUCCCGCCUGUUCCGGUGAGCGCCCUCAACAGGAUGGUGCAGGAGUCGCAGUAUUUACACUACGUCAUCUCCGAGAUCGCUGCAGAGACGGGUGAGCCGUACGAGUGCGUGAAGGACGAGGCCACGAGCAUCUUGGAGGAGAUGAGUCAGAACCUGCAGCUGAGCUUCAUCCGCCUCAUGGCUUUCGCUCUCACUAAAGUGUUCAAGAGGCUAUUCAGCUCCAUACGGGUGAACGAGGACGGACUGGCACGGCUCCAACAGGCCAUUCAGGAGCACCCGGUGAUCCUGGUGCCCAAUCACAGGAGCUACAUCGACUUCCUGGUGCUUUCCUACAUCAUGUUCACCUACGACCUGUCUGUCCCCGUCAUCGCAGCUGGAAUUCCUCUGAUGGGAAUGUCUCUGGUUGGUGAGGUCCUGCGGCGGUCCGGAGCGUUCUUUAUUCGCCGUGCGAUCGGCUCGGAUAAGCUCUACUGGGCCGUGCUGUCCGAGUACGUCAGGACCAUAGUGCGGACAGGAUUUGCUCCUCUGGAGUUUUUCGUGGAAGGACUUCGCAGCAGGACAUUGAAGUCCUUGAAACCCAAACUGGGCAUGAUGCAGAUGGUCUUGGAGCCGUUCUUCAAAGGCGAGGUGUACGACAUCACCCUGGUUCCCAUCAGCAUCAGCUACGAUCGCGUCCUGGAGGAAUCUCUGCUCGCUCACGAGCUGCUCGGCGUUCCCAAACCCAGCGAGACCACCAGGGGUCUGCUUAAGGCUCGCAGAGUUCUGGAGGAGAACUACGGCUGCAUGCACGUAUACUUUGGGAACCCGGUGUCCGUGAGAGAGCUGGCUGAAGGGAGGAUCCAGCGCGGUCAGUACAACCUGAUCCCCAGGGAUUUGCCACUGAAGCUCAGCGCCAAUCUGCAGGAGUUUGUUGGUGAUGUCGCUCACUUGGUGGUGCACUUGCAGGAGCGAGGUUCGGUCCUCAGCCCAUGGAGUCUCAUGGCUCUAAUACUCCUGCAGAACCCCGAUGACUUGGACUGGAAUGUGUUUAUCCAGAAAACCCUGCGCCUGAGGACGCUCGCUUCUCAACUUGGAGCCCAGAUCGACUGGCCUGCACAGCUUUCCGAUUUGGAGGUGAUGUCCUCCAGCAUGGCCCUGCAUCACGCUGUAGUGCAGUCCGAGAAUGGGCGUGUCCGACUGGUCGAAAAGGAGGGGCCAGGACCCAUCACUCAAGAGGAGGCCGUGCUCAGGCGAGCGUCCUCAGUACUCAUGUGCGCCUCCUACAGGAACCAAGCACUGCACGUGUUUACUCGGCCUGCACUGGUGGCUGCUGCCAUGGCAAUGGCUCCAAGCCACAGCAAAGAGGACGUCUUUGGCCGCUUUCGUUUCCUGCAAGACCUCUUGGCAAACGAGUUCAUCUUCAUUCCUGGACACACGGUGCAGGAUUUUGAAGAGGGCUGCUCCGGCCUGCUGCGAUGCGGAGCUCUGAGCAUCCAAGACCACGCACUGAGUGUGAUCGGAGAAGCCCAGGACACCGUUGUCUUCCUCAGUGGCAUUCUCAAACCGUUUAUUGAGACGUACCAGGUUGUGCUCGAAGUUUUGGGCAAGGAAACAUUUCAGACGUUUACGGAAAAACGGUUCGUGCCCGACAUCCGAGCUGCCACCGUGAAACUCAUCCUCUCAGGUGAGGUGCGCUCAUACGAGUGUAUUUCCUCAGACACACUGAAGAACGCUCUCUCGGCUUUGGUCAGGAUGGAAGCUGCAUCUAAAUGCCAGGUAGCUGACCAGAUCGAGUACAGGGUGAACCAAAACGUGCUGAGGAGAAUACGGGACACUCUGGAUGGCAGCGUCGCAUCCGAGGUGCCUUUGUACUCGAGACUGUGACACGACCCUCCAUUUCUGCCUUUUUUCUAUUAUUAUAUUUUUUUUGAUAAUUUACAAAGAUGCAUUCCCAAGAUAUAUUCUUAGAAUAUCCUACCAGGUAUAGUCUUUUGUUUCUGAGAGACACAUGCGUGCUUCUUUUGUUUCUAUGCAAUAACGGUAUGAAGAUUGAUUUUGAAGAAACAAAUAUAUAAAAGUUAAGACUUUAUUUCGAUUGAAAAUAAUCCCUCCUUUAGCAUAAAUAACAGCCAGUUCAUCCCAGAGCAGUUCAGUAGGAUUUAGGUGCGGUGACUGGGCAGGUCAUAUCAUGAUGAAUAACACUGUCUAAAUAACGUUUACAGAACUCAGACGUACGCUUGAGGUCAUCAUCUUGUUCCAGAGAAAUUGCAUGGCGUUGAAGUAUGGACUGGUUGCCAUGUUGGCUCCUUUCACUUUUUUCUGUUUUAAGUCUCCAUCCAAACCAAAUCAAACCACUUCCCCUGUUUGGGUGUGGGGGUGAGGCAGUAUGCUCACAUCUUCUCUCCUGGUCUUCAUCUUACACAAGUUCUUACAGUUCUUACAGAAAUGUCCACAGAAGUUUCUUUCACUUAUUCACUCAUGAGUUCUUGUCUUUUGUUUAAAUAACAAGCGCACGCAUGUGUCUCCAAACCCGUAAAUAAAACCCCCCUGGUGUUUCCAAACUUUUCACAAACACUGUACGGGGGGGGGGGAGAAGGUUUCAGUAUUAGCAAAGUGGCAGCGAAUAAUCUGUUACUCGCUGUAACACGUCAUUCGUAGCUGUUCAGUAGACUGUAGAUGCAGUAACACACCUGUCUCCCCCUGCUGGCCUGUAAUUGUAGAUAUUUUGAUUUGUAGAUAAUUUGUAAUAAAAAAAACUCUAAUAAUUUUUUUUAAAGCAGCAUGAAAUAGCGUACUGUAUCAUUUUGUAGAAUACGUUAGGAAUAAAAAAAAGUGUGAUGGAGUCCACGCGA